GAUAGGGCUUUGAAGAACAGAAGCUUCUCGAAGAAACUCCAAACCAAAGCGAAGAAAUCAAAUCUGACGAAGACAACCAGGCUGCUGAAGACGACGACCUGACGACCUUCAAGCCUUCAUAGCUUAACAAGUCAAUUUCUUCACUUGAGUCGAGGUACACGAAACAUCCCAAAAUAUCCUGACCAGGUCAAAGCCAAAUACAGUGACGACGAAGAACCAGCAAAGGCAUGGCGAAGACCCAUCAGACGCGAAGCUACUGAAAAAUAAUGGCGGAGAUGCAGCGAAGCUCGUAACUCCUACAACGUCGUCUCAACCGCAGCCGUGUCCAGAUGAAUUUUGCCGGAUCGGACACAGAUCCCAUACCAGCACCAGAGUCGUGUCGUGUCGACAUCCGUACGGCAAGGUGAGAUGAAGAGUCCGGGUAACGUAGUGCAUGAGGGGACAUUGGAGGGAUCAAACUCAAUUAGUAACUCCACCAAAAAAGAUCUGGGUUUGAAGUUUUGUAUAGAAGAAAUGCAAGGGUGGAGAUCCACAUUGAGAUUAACGACUCUUAUAGCUAUUACGCUGUGGAUCGGCCUUGUUGGGUUGUAUGGUUUGUUAAAGCCCAUUUCAAAUGGAUGCAUCAUGACAUAUAUGUAUCCAACCUAUAUUCCGAUUCCCACUACAGAUGGUGUAUCAUAUGCAAAGUAUGGAUUAUAUUUGUAUCAUGAAGGAUGGAAAAAGAUUGAUUUCAAGGAUCACCUUAAGAAGCUUGCUGGUGUUCCAAUUCUCUUCAUACCAGGCAAUGGUGGUAGCUACAAGCAGGUGCGAUCAUUGGCCGCAGAAUCUGAUAGGGCAUAUCAACAAGGGCCACUUGAACAUACAUUUUAUGAGGAAGCUUCGUUUACUAUUGAGGAGGGAGGGGCAGAUAUGGAUGUAGCUAGUUUUCGAUUACCCAGUCAAUAUACUAGUAUGCUGGAUUGGUUUGCGGUGGACCUUGAAGGCGAACAUUCUGCUAUGGAUGGCCGUAUACUUGAAGAACACACUGAAUAUGUUGUAGAUGCCAUUCACAGGAUUCUUGAUCAAUAUAAGGAAUCUCGUGAUGCUAGAGAAACUGAAGGUGCUGCAGUCUCUUGGAGUUUGCCGAAAAGUGUCAUACUGGUUGGUCACUCUAUGGGUGGUUUUGUUGGGAGAGCUGUGGUUAUCCACCCUCGGUUGAGGAAGUCAGCUGUUGAGACUAUUCUUACGCUUUCAAGCCCACAUCAAUUGCCUCCUUUGGCAUUGCAGCCAUCCUUAGGUAACUAUUUUGCACAUGUGAAUCGGGAAUGGAGAAACGGAUAUGAAGUUCAAACCUCUCGGAUCGGUCAUCAUGUUUCUGAUCCAUUCCUCUCGCAUGUUGUCGUUGUUUCGAUUUCUGGUGGUUAUAAUGAUUAUCAGGUACGGUCAAAGUUAGAAUCCCUUGAUGGUAUUGUGCCUCCAACUCAUGGCUUUAUGAUUAGUAGCACUGGGAUGAAAAAUGUUUGGCUGUCAAUGGAACAUCAGGCUAUUUUAUGGUGUAAUCAAUUAGUUGUCCAGGUGUCGCAUACUCUCCUUAGUUUGAUUGACUCAAGAACAGGUCAUCCGUUUGUUGAAUCCAAAAGAAGACUUGCAAUAUUUACAAAGAUGCUACGUAGUGCAGCACCGCAGAAUUUCAAUUGGAUGACACAAUUGCGCUUAUUGCCCGGAUCCAGUCAUGUUCCCGCAAAGUAUACGAAAAAUGUUCCAGGUUUUGAAGGGUAUACUUUGUCUGGUUGUCCCAACAAUAUUCAGUGGAAUGAUGAUGGUCUUGAGAGGGAUCUGUACAUUCAGACAACUACAGUGACUGUUUUGGCCAUGGAUGGGAGGAGGCGUUGGUUGGACAUACAGAAAUUGGGAUCAAAUGGGAAAAGCCAUUUCAUAUUUGUGACAAAUCUUGCUCCUUGUUCUGGGGUUAGACUUCAUCUAUGGCCUGGAAAGGGAAAACCUGUUUUAGAUUUUCCUGCAAGGGAUGGGGUUCUGGAAGUGACAUCAAAGAUGGUGAACAUUCCAUCGGGACCAGCACCAAGUCAGCUUGAACCUGGCAGUCAGACUGAACAAGCACCUCCUUCUGCAGUGUUACGGUUGGAUUCGAAGGAUAUGCACGGUUACAGAUUCCUAACAAUCUCGGUUGCACCUCGACAGACUGUUUCAGGUAGACCUCCACCAGCAGCUUCCAUGGCAGUUGGGCAGUUCUUUAAUUCGGAUGAGGGAGAGAUAAACUUCUCUGCUCAGUCAAUGCUUUUGUCUAUCUAUUCUCAGAAGGACAUAUUAUUGAAGGAAGAUCAUUCCCUUGCUCUUAAUCUGUCAUUUUCUAUUAGCUUGGGCCUGUUGCCUGUUACGUUGUCUUUGGAAACUACAGGGUGUGGAAUAAAAAAGUCUGGGCUUCCAGCUGAAGAGGCUGGGGACAUGGCAGGCGAUACUGUCAUUCCUGGCAUGUCUGGGCUUUGCAAAUUGCGAUGUUUCCCUCCUGUGGCACUUGUUUGGGAUCCUACAUCAGGACUUCAUGUAUUUCCCAAUUUGUACCAUGAGACAAUUAUUGUCGAUUCUUUGCCGGCUAUCUGGAGUUCUACUCAGGGUUCUGAGAAAACCACUCUUCUUCUGUUGAUUGAUCCACACUGUUCAUAUAGAACGAGUGUAUCGACUUCAGUAACCACAGCUGCCGGCAGAUUUUUGCUCUUGUAUAAUUCACAGAUUGUUGGUUUUUCUGUUGCUGUUGUAUUUUUUGCUUUGAUGCGGCAAGCAUAUGCAUGGGAUCAUGAUCUCCCAAUACCUUCUGUUUUAGCAGCUGUGGAAUCCAAUCUGAGAAUGCCAUUUCCUUUUUUCCUUUUGGCAUUUGUACCGAUUUUAUUAUUGCUAUUCCUUUCCUUGUUGAUGUCUCAACCGUUUCCUCCAUUUGCAAGUUUCGCCAUCGUCUCAAUUAUUUGCUAUCUAUUUGCAAAUGGGUCCAUAAUUCUAGUAGUAUUGGUUUCCCACAUGGUCCUUUAUGCGGCUGCCAUCAUGCAUGUUUUCAUCAAGACAAGGUGGCAAGCUAGGGAUGUAUGUUUUGGCAUUACAUUUGUCCGUUGGUUUUGCAGUCUUCUGUCCAGUUUCUUUGUGCUAAAGGUGCCAAGGGCUUUGAGAGACAAUCCUUUACUUGUUACAGCACUAAUUGCAAUUACCUUAGCAUGCUUUGUUCAUCCAGCAUUGGGUCUAUUCAUACUCCUCUUGUCUCAUGCUUUUUGCUGUCACAAUGCUCUAUGCAGUUUUUUGACGGCUUCCUUUCGCAGCCAUGCAAGGAAGAAGGAUGUUUUUGAUUAUAAAAGUGACGGCAGUAAUGGAUCUGAAGAAUUAGCAUUCAAACGGCAAUGUAUAAUCAACCAGAAUUUUCCUUCAGCUGAUAGCAGCUCAUCCAGUCCGGACACUUCCAAAAGUUUUGUCGACACUCAGUUGGAGAUUUUUCAUUAUCAGCAUGGUUUGCUGAUUUUGCAUUUUCUUACAGCACUCAUGUUCGUCCCAUCAAUGGUGGCUUGGUUGCAGAGAAUCAGAACGUGUCAUAGCUUUCCAUGGUUCGUAGAUUCAUGUCUCUGUAUUGGUGUCAUCUUCCACGGCAUCAUUAUUUCAAAGCCCGAGCUCACUUCCAUGUUUUCCUUCCUUGGCAUCUGGGGCCAUGUGGCGAGACUGAACGUCAUCUAUCUGAUUGCUGGAUACUAUUCCUAUCUCUCUGGUCUGUCCCUGGUUCCAUACAGAAUAUUUUAUGCUGUGGCUGCUAUAGGGGCAGUCUCAUUUGGCUUGUCGAUCUUAGAGAGGAAUAGGGAGAAGGGCGAUCCUCGUUUUGGUGGCAGAAAGCAUUCUCAUAGACACUAAGAUUAUUUUGAAGGUUUUAGAUACACAGUUUCAAAGAUUUUGAAGGGCAUCAAAUAAUCUGACUGGUCAGAGAUUCACAGCUGCCAUUGACCCUUUAAGCUGCUAUGGUUUGUGAUAUCCCUUAUUUCCCUUUUUAAGCAAUUAUGCAUUGCGGAUGAUGCAAUAUGGAUGUUGCUGUGGAAAAUCUGCGGGGUUCUCUUAUGUGGCAUUGCAGGUGAUCAAGGAUUUAUGUGCGUCCUGUGUUGAUAUCAAUGAGAGAAGCAAGAGUUGAGGCGAGGGAUUAGCUGUUCUCACAUAUUGGAGGUACUGUCAUAACGGAUCAUGAUCAGAAUUAGAUGAAACUGACUUUGUAUUAUUUGAUGUUAUACAUGGAAACGUCGAAGUAUCUUUGUCGAUAUUAUUUGUUAUUCCAUGGUUUUGGCCACUGGCCGACAUUUUUGUACCAGUUGAGGUGAACUAGUUUAAAUCCCCAACCCUGUUGAAGGGUUAAAAAAGUAAUUUACUUGAUGAAGUUAUCACA